UCCUCCCAAAAUUAAUAAUAUUUUGUUAUUUCAUUUGUGUUCUUGAAUUAGUAAUCUAAUUCUUAAGAGAAGUAUUUCUUGUUCCUUGAAUGUCAUAAAUAUUUUUUGCAGUUGUAACCAUUGAAUAUUUAAUUUUUCUAUUACCAUCAAAAAGAUAUUUGUGGGAUCGAUGUCGUUGUUAUCAUCGUUUACAUGGUCUCUUCUCGAUUUGAUUUCAAUUUGAUAGUUUUUGUUAGAAUUGUACAUUUAUUAAUAUGAGAAAAGUACGAUUUUCACAAUUCGUUGUGGUGAUAAUAAUUUCUACAGUCUUAUUCUCAACAAGUAUUGUUUAUUCUCAAGAUGAUUUAGACGAAGAUAAUAGUCAGAGUACAAAUCCAGCAGCCCUUCAAGUUGUUGCGCAGAUGUUAUACAAUCAACUAGCUAAUAUCACACAAGUCUUUGAACCAGAUAUCAAACAACAUUUGGGUUUCUGCAUAAAGGAUGUGCAAGCUGAUUGGAAAUCAGCUUUUAAUUUUUCAGAUGAUCUUGGGUUUUUGACAUCUUGCAUGCAAAAAAUUAAAGAUGUUCCUAAACGAGUAUGUACUGCAGCAGAAGUUAAGAUUUACAUGAGCAGUUUAGUUGAUGGAGGGCAGACGACUUCAAAUUAUGUAAAGCCGAAUAUUAAUUGUAACUUAAGCUCAUGGAACGAUGGGUGUGAACCAGGGUGGGCAUGUAGUGUUGGUAAAGAUCGAAAAGCUGAUAUAAAAAACUCAAAAACCAUUCCGGAUAGAACUGGAGAUUGUCAACCUUGUUGUGCUGGAUUCUUUUGCCCUAAGGGUAUCACUUGCAUGAUUCCUUGUCCAUUAGGAGCUUACUGUCCAUUUGCCACACUCAACAAAACAACAGGAAGAUGUGAUCCAUAUACAUACCAAAUACCACCAGGAAAGCCAAAUCAUACGUGUGGUGGAGCUGAUGUAUGGUCUGAUGUCCUCAGUAGUGAUGAAACGUUUUGCGCAGCAGGCUCGUAUUGUCCUUCUACAGUCGUAGAACUUCCAUGUAGCGCUGGGCACUAUUGUAGAAAGGGUUCAAUUCAAGAAAAACCAUGUUUCAAGUUGGCUAGUUGUACCGAAAAAGUUGCUAAUCAAAACAUACAUGCAUAUGGUAUAUUGCUUAUUGCUAUAUUAAGUACCAGCCUACUUCUUGUAUAUAAUUGCUCAGACCAAGUUCUUACUACUCGAGAACGAAGAUUAGCUAGAUCUAGAGAGCGUGCAAUAAGAAGUGCAAAAGAAACUGCACAAGCUCGUGAAAGAUGGAAGGUAGCAAAAGAGAAUGCUAGAAAUCGCGCUGUAGGGUUACAACAACAACUGUCGCGUACUUUCUCUAAGAAGAAAUCUACAAAGCAAGAUCCACUAAAAGGUUUUGGAGCACAAAAAUCUGCAAGUAACGACAAUGUUAUGAGUUCCUCUGAUCCAAAAUCAAAAAAGAAAGGACAUAGCAAACUUACGAAAAUGAUGCAAGAAAUCGAAGAUGAUCCAGAUAGUAAUGAAGGUUUUAACGUGGAGAUAGGAGAUAAAAACAUAAAAAAGCAAUUCAAAGCGAAAGAAUUACAUACGCGUAGUCAAAUAUUUAAGUAUGCAUAUGGGCAACUUGAAAAAGAAAAGGCUAUGCAACAAGAAAACAAGAACCUUACAUUUUCUGGAAUAAUUUCAAUGGCAACUGAUACAGAAAUCCGAAAAAGGCCUUUACUAGAGGUUGCUUUUAAAGAUUUAACCCUUACCUUAAAAGGAAAGCAUAAACAUUUGUUGCGGUGCAUUACUGGAAAACUUAUGCCUGGUCGAGUUUCUGCAGUCAUGGGUCCUUCAGGGGCUGGAAAGACAACAUUUCUUUCGGCUGUGACUGGAAAAGCAACAGGAUGUAAUGUAACCGGAAAAAUUCUCAUCAAUGGAAAGAAUGAAUCGGUUAACUCUUACAAAAGGAUCAUUGGGUUUGUUCCACAAGAUGAUAUUGUGCAUGGUAACUUAACUGUCGAAGAAAAUCUGAGAUUCAGUGCUCGUUGUAGGUUGCCUGGGGAUCUUCCAAAGGCUGAUAAGGUUUUGGUUGUUGAAAGAGUAAUAGAGGCUUUAGGAUUACAAGCAAUACGCGAUUCUUUAGUGGGAACAGUUGAGAAAAGAGGAAUCUCAGGAGGACAAAGAAAACGAGUAAAUGUAGGUUUAGAAAUGGUUAUGGAACCUUCACUCUUAAUUUUAGAUGAGCCAACUUCCGGUUUAGAUAGUUCUUCAUCUCUUUUACUUCUAAGAGCCCUUAGACGUGAAGCUCUUGAAGGAGUUAAUAUUUGUACGGUUAUCCACCAACCCAGCUAUGCAUUGUUCAAGAUGUUCGACGAUUUCAUACUACUUGCAAAAGGAGGUCUUACAGUGUACCAUGGAUCAACAAAGAAAGUGGAAGAGUAUUUUGCAGGACUAGGAAUUAUUGUACCAGAAAGAGUUACUCCUCCGGAUCAUUACAUUGAUAUUUUGGAGGGAAUUAUUAAGUCGGGAUCUAAUGUUACACGCGAACAACUUCCAGUAAGAUGGAUGCUUCAUAAUGGUUAUCCGGUUCCCCAAGACAUGUUGCAUCUUUGCGACGAAAUUUCUAAUACUUCUCCCGAAGGCUCUCUAAAGCCUCAAGUUGAUAAACGUUUCGAAAAGACUUUUAUUGGAGAUCUUAUUCAUGAAAUCAAGUGCGCACUUGUAUUAAGGAGAGAGCAUCUUAAGCAUAAUUUCUUGAUAAAAAAAGACUUGUCUAAUCGGAUUACCCCUGGAAUUAUGCGCCAAUAUAGAUAUUUUUUAGGAAGAGUUGGAAAGCAAAGGCUUCGUGAAGCUAAAUUACAAGCCGUGGAUUAUUUAAUUCUUUUACUAGCUGGAGCUUGUUUAGGAACUCUUGCAAAAGUGAGCGAUGAAACAUUUGGUGCAAUCGGAUAUAAUUACACUGUAAUUGCCGUAUCUCUUUUAUGCAAGAUUUCAGCAUUGAGGUCAUUCACACUUGAUAGAUUACAAUAUUGGAGAGAAAGUUCGUCUGGAAUGAGCAGUUUGGCAUAUUUUCUGUCUAAAGACUCAAUUGAUCUUUUCAAUACCCUUUUUAAGCCUUUGGUUUAUCUAUCGGUGUUCUACUUUUCCAAUAAUCCAAGAUCCAGCUUUUUGGCCAAUUACGUUGUCUUGGUUUGUCUUGUUUAUUGUGUAACCGGGGUUGCUUACGGCUUAGCUAUACUUCUGCAGCCAGGUCCCGCACAACUGUGGUGUGUUCUUCUUCCAGUAGUCUUAUCACUCAUUGCAAGCCAAGAUAGAGAAAGUAAAAUUAUGUAUCAAGUAGGAAAAUUUACCUACUCCAAAUGGGCUUUAGAGGCUUUUGUCAUUGCUAAUGCUGAAAAGUAUAGUGGAGUAUGGCUAAUUACUCGUUGUGGAUCUUUGAUGCAAAGUGGAUAUAGUCUCAAUCACUGGAAUCGAUGUUUGAUAUUUCUUAUUAUAGGUGGGAUUGUUAGUCGAAUUAUAGCUUUCAUUUUUAUGAUGGUGGUACAAAAGAAAUGAAACCACUACAUUUUUUAAUAUUAGUGUACAAACAUUACAAAUUUGUUAACGUUAGUUAUUCUUCUCAUUAGAAGCCAAUCUACGGAAGUUCAAAUUUUAUGUAAACUUUAAGUUUAGGAACUACUUUCUAGCAUUGUAA